AUGGCUCACUGCACUGAAUAUAUGAAUGCCCCAAAAAAAUUACCAGCAGAUGUUGCCGAAGAAUUAGCAACAACCGCCCAAAAGCUUGUUCAAGCAGGAAAGGGAAUUUUAGCUGCUGAUGAAUCAACACAAACCAUUAAGAAAAGAUUCGAUAACAUCAAAUUAGAGAACACAAUUGAAAACAGAGCUAGCUACAGAGAUUUAUUAUUUGGAACUAAAGGAUUAGGAAAAUUUAUUUCAGGAGCAAUUUUAUUUGAAGAAACAUUAUUUCAAAAGAAUGAAGCAGGUGUACCAAUGGUUAAUUUAUUACACAAUGAAAAUAUUAUUCCAGGUAUUAAAGUCGAUAAAGGUUUAGUUAACAUUCCAUGUACCGAUGAAGAAAAAUCAACUCAAGGUUUAGAUGGAUUAGCAGAAAGAUGCAAAGAAUAUUAUAAAGCUGGUGCAAGAUUUGCUAAAUGGAGAACAGUUUUAGUUAUUGAUACAGCCAAAGGAAAACCAACUGACUUAUCAAUUCAAGAAACUGCAUGGGGAUUAGCUAGAUAUGCAUCUAUCUGUCAGCAAAAUAGAUUAGUUCCAAUUGUUGAACCUGAAAUUUUAGCUGAUGGACCACACACAAUUGAAGUUUGUGCAGUUGUAACACAAAAAGUUUUAUCAUGUGUAUUUAAAGCUUUACAAGAACAAGGUGUAUUAUUAGAAGGUGCAUUGUUAAAACCAAACAUGGUCACUGCUGGUUAUGAAUGUACUGCUAAAACCACUACUCAAGAUGUUGGUUUCUUAACUGUAAGAACCUUAAGGAGAACUGUACCACCAGCUUUACCAGGUGUUGUAUUUUUAUCUGGAGGACAAUCUGAAGAAGAAGCUUCUGUUAAUUUAAAUUCAAUCAACGCUUUGGGUCCACACCCAUGGGCUUUAACCUUCUCAUACGGUAGAGCCUUACAAGCUUCAGUAUUGAACACAUGGCAAGGAAAGAAAGAAAAUGUUGCAAAGGCAAGAGAAGUUUUAUUACAAAGAGCUGAAGCCAACUCAUUAGCAACUUAUGGUAAAUACAAAGGAGGUGCAGGUGGUGAAAAUGCAGGUGCUUCAUUAUAUGAAAAGAAGUAUGUCUAUUAA